AGUGUCACAACGCCUCUGUUUUAAAGAAAGAGAGAGAGAGAAGUUUAAGAAGAGAAGAGUGACACUGGGUCAGUAACUAAUACGGAAAGCAAGAGGAACUUACAUGAAUCUUGCUUCAUACUGGCAGUAAGCGUCGCUAAUACAUGUGUAAAAGUGAGUACUGGCUCUAGAAAACUAACCAGGAUGAAUUUACCAACCAGAGAGCAAUGUGAGGGCUGGAGCUCAAUGCAGGUGGCUUCUUACCUUAUUCAGAAUAACAUGAGAGGCUGCGCAGACACGGUACAGAGAAUCAGAAUUGAUGGCCGUCGGUUUUUGAAUCUCUCUGACAGCGACCUCAACAAAUUCAGCCUCGUUCAGCGACCACAGCUCCAAAAAAUAGUUCAAGAUAUUAAGAAGAAUGACGACAGUCUGUUCAACAGAUUAAAACGGUUUCAGACUGAACAAACUGCUAAUAUUCUCAAAUCUGGGAGAAAUACAUUGGACCGGAUAAAGAAAAAGGGGCCACCAAAAGUUCCUACAAGAGACUAUCAAGGUGAAGCAGCAGAAAGUGAGAAGUACUCAGAUUCGGAUUUUGCAAGUGAUAGUGAUACGUAUGAGGACCCACAGUGUGAACAUGAAGACAACUAUGAACCUCCACCAAGGUCUGAAGCUCAUGCUGUAAACACCUUCACUGUAGCUCAAUCCAUCACAAACAGCAGAGGCCAAUAUGUGGACAGCUGUCGUGGUCGACCGGCAAAACCGAACACCUCCUUCCAUCUGGUACGGAAGAAUGUGGGUGUAAUCAGGAAAAAUCAAGCAGACGACGACGAUGACGAUGAAAAUGACUAUGUUGAGCCAGAAGAAACAACAGAUAAUGACAAUUACAUUGACCCCACUGGCAGAACACCAACAAAGCCCCUUGUUAACAGGGUGACCAAACCGACACGGCCAAACAAAGAUUUCUGUGGGGUUCCUGAGGAAAGAUCUCAGUUUAAGAUGCGGGCUAACACAACUUUACAAGUAAACACACAAAUGACUCAACCUAAAGUCAGCCCCAGAAUGCAAAUCAGAAAGCCAACUAUGACCCCACAGGAUCCAGACUCAGAGGAUGAGUAUGAAGUGUGUGAUGGAGAUGAUGAAAGCCCAGAAGUGAGCACAGAGACCCGAAGAUCCGUUCCUACACCCCGUCCCAGAGACCUAAAGAAAUCAAGUCCUGCCAUGAUGCCGAAACCAAGCACUCCUCAUAGAGAUACUGAAGGCCCUUCAAUACAUACAGCACGAAGCCCACCGGACACCACUGUAAGCCCACCAUCAACAGGAUUUCACAGAGCCAGGAUGCCUCUUCCUAAACAGAUUUCCUCCCAAAGCAGAGGAACGUUGCCUUCAGAGAGCAAAGCACCCCGAGAUGCUGAAGAGGAAGCGGGUGUUUAUAAUAAAGUUUGGUAUGCCAGCAGUUGUGCUCGCAGGACGGCGGAGGACGCGCUCAUUCGCAUGGGGAAGGACGGCUCGUUUCUGCUCAGGAAGAGUUCGGGCGUGGACGCGCAGCAGCCGUACACGUUGGUGGUGUUUUACAACGGGCGCGUGUACAACAUUCCGGUCCGCUACAUCGCGUCGUCAAAACAGUUCGCGCUGGGAAAAGAAAAACAAGGAGAAGAUCGUUUCUGCAGUGUUUCUGACAUUGUGGAGAAUCAUCAGAAAAAUCCUUUAGUGCUGGUGGACUCGCAGAGCAACACCAAAGACUUCACCAAACUCAGAUAUCCAGUGAAACCAUAAGAGACCUUAAGAAACAGCAUGAAACCAUCAAACUGCUGUCUGAAGGCACUCUAGAGAUGUUCGUAACUUCAGACUGAUUGAUUUCUAACAAUACUGACAUAAAACUGUAGGUCUGUUUCACAUCAUAAACUAUCCAUGGAUGAUGCAAACUAUUUACAGAAGAAACACUGUUUCAUGCUACACCCAAAAGUUUUGAAAAUAUAUACAAAUAUACAUUGAUGAGUCUAAUUUACAGCUGUACAAUGUGUAUAUAUGUUAUGCUAUUAAUUCUUAAGGGGUAAAUAAAAUAUUUUUCUUACAUUAUAA